AGAUUGUCAUCGAGCUUAACUUUAACCACCAUGCCCGAAAUCCAAACAACCAUUACGCCUCACAAUCAGCAACCCUAUAUCGAGAUAACGUAUCCCACCGAGGUAGAACUCGAUACGUCUCUCCAUAAUGCUCAUACUGCUCAGGUCGCGUGGGCCAAAGUCCCCAUCGAAGAGCGUCUUGCGAUUGGACGAAAGUUCAUGGAAGAGUUUCGCUCGAUGAGUGAACAACUGCCGCUGGAACUUUCACUGCAAAUGGGACGGCCUGUUUCGCAAGGUGCAGGAGAAAUUCGAGGAUUCCUAGAGCGCGCCGAGUACAUGUUAUCUAUCGCCGAAUCCUCUUUGGCCGAUGUUGGACUUGAAGAUACCGAUAAGCCGGGAUUCAAGCGGUACAUCAAGCGUGUUCCCUUGGGCGUUGUAUUAGUGAUUGCGCCAUGGAAUUUCCCGUAUCUGGUCUCGAUCAAUUCUGUACUUCCUGCGAUAAUAGCAGGAAACGCAGUCAUCUUUAAACCAUCUCCACAAACGCCCCUCACCGCUGAACGUUUCGCUACAGCUUUGGUACGCGCAGGCGUCCCGGAAAAUAUCAUUCAAGUUGUUCAUAUGUCGUCUGCAUUGGCCUCUUACGCUGUUUCUCAUCCGCUGGUCAACUUUGUUUCAUUUACUGGAAGUGUCGUGGGUGGCCGCUCAGUGGAGGAGGCUGCGGUCAGGUCGAAAAAUCUGAAAGGCAUAGCACUGGAACUUGGUGGAAAGGAUCCUGCUUACGUGCGACCUGACGCCGACCUUGAGUAUACCGUGGCUGAGCUUGUCGAUGGUGCCAUGUUUAACUCGGGGCAAAGCUGUUGCGCAGUCGAGCGUAUCUAUGUUCAUGAGUCGAUAUUUGAUGCCUUCGUGCAGAAGUACACGGAAAUCGUCAAGUCUUACAAACUCGGAGAUCCUACCAAGCCAGAAACGAACCUAGGGCCUGUUGUUAGCCUUGCUAGCGCGAAGAGGAUCCGAAAACAAGUCUCUGAUGCUGUGGCAGCCGGUGCCAAAACUCUUAUCACUGAGGAUUUGUUCCCCAUUGCACAGCCGGAGACCACAUACGUCGCGCCUCAAGUUCUUAUCGAUGUCAACCAUAGCAUGGACAUAAUGAUGGAAGAAACUUUUGGGCCAGUCGUUGGAAUUCAAAAGGUCUCGUCUGACCAAGAAGCAAUCCACUUGAUGAACGAUUCACCAUACGGCCUCACCGCUUCUGUGUGGACCAACGCUGACGGAAAUUCUGAAUCCCAAGAAGCAUUUCUCAAGCUUGUAGAAGAAUUGGAGACAGGGACUGUUUUCUUGAAUAAGUGUGAUUACCUGGACCCGGCUUUAUCGUGGACAGGAGUCAAAAACAGUGGACGGGGCGUUAGUCUCAGUAAAUUUGGGUAUGAUCAACUCACGCGGCCCAAGUCUGUACAUAUGAAAAUCAAAACAAAGUGA